CGGCGGCACCGGGCUGGGGCGGCGCGCGGAGCCCCGGGAACCCGACGGCGGCGGCCGCUGCUCCGCACGCCCCUGGCUGGCAGGCCUGGCCGCGGAGGCACAGUGCUGCUCACCGCGGCUCCCUCCCGCCAUGGCGCGGGUGCUGAUCGUGGGCGCCGGGCUGACAGGAAGCCUGUGCGCCGCGCUGCUGAGGAGGGAGACGUCCGGCCCAUUGCACCUCACCGUGUGGGACAAGGCGGGGGACGCAGGGGGAAGAAUGACCACAGCCAGCAGUCCUCACAAUUCACAGUGCACAGCUGACUUGGGUGCUCAGUACAUCACUUGCACUCCUCAUUAUGCCAAAAAACACCAGAGUUUUUAUGAUGAACUGUUCGCUCACGGCAUUUUGAAACCUCUCACCUCUCCUAUUGAAGGAAUGGUGAUGAAAGAAGGAGACUGUAACUUCGUGGCACCUCAAGGAGUUUCUUCAAUUACUAAGCAUUACUUGAAACAGUCAGGUGCAGAAGUCUGCUUCAGACAGUGUGUGACCCAGAUCAACCUGAGAAGUGACAAGUGGGAAGUCUCCAGAGAAGCAGGCUCCCCCGAGCAGUUUGAUCUUGUUGUCCUCACAAUGCCAGUUCCUCAGAUUCUGCAGCUUCAAGGGGACAUCGCCAACUUAAUUAGUGCACGCCAAAGGCAGCAACUGGAGGCUGUGAGCUACUCUUCGCGCUAUGCUCUGGGCCUCUUUUAUGAAGCUGGCAUGAAGAUUGAUGUCCCUUGGGCCGGGCAGUACAUCACCAGUAAUCCCUGCGUACGCUUCGUCUCCAUUGAUAAUAAGAAGCGCAAUAUAGAGUCAUCAGAAAUCGGGCCUUCCCUGGUGAUUCAUACCACCGUCCCAUUUGGAGUUACAUACUUGGAACACAGCAUUGAGGAUGUGCAGGAAUUAAUUUUCCAGCAGCUGGAAAACAUUUUGCCAGAAAUGAAAUGAAUAUGGAAUAUCUCCUGCUGGGAGCAAUCCCUGAGGGCCAGGAAAUUGAUGCGCAGGAUACUCUCAAAGACCCAGGGCUAAGGUAUCAAACUCCCCUGGGAGACAGGGGUCUGCACCAUUUGGAACAGUUGCUGAGGUGUAUUUAUGUCAGCACCGCAGGACCACACAUCAUCACAAUAUUUCUAAACAUGAAUUUUUAUUAAUCAAGCCAGCCGAGGAAAGCUGUUCUGUUUUGAAAGGUGCGUUUUCAAGUGAGAAAUGGCUUGAGCAGUGGGGUGAUUUAAUACUUGUUAGCUGAUAAAUAUAGCCUUUGCUGGAAUAAAACUUUAUGAUGCAGUGUUGAAAAGCUUAAUUACUAAACUGUCUAUGCACACGUCUUGCUCAGGCAGCAAGGGUGACAAAUUAUAGCAGUGGAAUAGUAUUUUUCACCUUUGGCAUUUCUGAAGGAGAAAAGUAUGUCUAAAAACAUUGAAAAAGCAGUAAUAACCUCAGACCAGAUAUUAAGGGGUUGGUGGAAAGGCACGUCAUUGAGUCACCAAGCCUUCUGUGCAAAAUGCCAUGGUCCCCACCCCUUGCCUACCCACUACCUUAUUAAGUGAAGAGAAUAAGGUCAAUUUUAUAUUUAUCUGGCAUUUUAUACUUAUCCAAGCAUAUGCAUGUGUGUGCGUAUAUAUAUUUUUUCCAUUUGUCAUCCUCCUAAAACCCCUGGGAAAUAAGGGAAGGGAAUUCUUAUUUGCAUUUAACAAAUGAGGAAACUGAGGCACAGAGCUUGGCCCACCAAGGUCAAAUAAUGACAUUCCAGGACAAGAAGCCAGGCCUCCUAUGACCCAUUUCUAGUUGCAGGCACCAUGCUGCUGCCAGAUGAACAGGGUAAUUAAAGCCGAACUGAAAUAUUAGUUGGGGGUACAGUGAGCAGCAUGUGGUCCCCUUAUUGAUGUUUCAUUUCAGAGAGUUAGCACUAAUCCUGAUGUGAUAUAUACAGGAAUCUAAUAUGGAAUAAGGUCUCCAUAUGUACUGGCUAAGUGAUUUAUACUCCUGUUAUUCUCAUUUGCUGGUUUAUUUCCUUCUUUGGGGGUCACUUGCUGUGAGAGAUAGCUGCAUGCUAAUGACACUGAAUUUGAACACAACAGUAGUCGGUUAACAGACAGACGCACUCGACCUUUCCUCUGUAUUCCUCUUUCUCUCUUUGUCCCCCUUGUUUCAUUCUCCUCUUCUGGUUUCUUCCUCACCUUCUAUUUCUUUCUUCUACCUCUUUCCCAUAGCCAAUUUUCCAUUCUCAGAAAAACAUGGACUAUGAAUGGAGUCACGAUAUGAUUCACAGUAUCUGUACUUCCUUCUUGUUGCCGUUACUCACGUUGAUUGGACAGCCCUUAUUUUGAUUUUCAAAAAUGAUGCAAAAGUUUAAAUUUGGCUGUACUUCAGGGAUCUCAGGGCUACUAACCUAAGAAAAUGACUUCUGUAGUUUCUUUAGUUCUUUACUUUUUCUGUCGUGUAUGUGCAAAGCCUGAUGCCAGCCUCUGUGGGCACAAUGGAAUAAAAUCAGCAAAUCCCAACCAGAGAUUCUACUGAGGGGAAGACAAGGUCUCCGGAGUGGGAGGCAGAGUAAAAGUACGUGUUGAUAUAGUCACGGGCAAUGAAUGAGAUGCUGUAAUUCUUGAAGCUAAGGAAUCUUGGGGAGAUAGAGGGUCCCUGAACAGAUACAGAGAUGCAUCAGUCAUGCAUGUCUGGCAGCAUCCCCCCCAGAGACACCACACCUGGCUGAUCCCAGGAAUCCAGACUACGUAUUAGGUGGUCAGGACAAGUGAAUUCUUUCUGUGGAGAAGGCUUCAGUGGAACACAGAAAGAAAAGGCCUCAGCAAACAAAGGAAGACUGGGACUCAUGUUUCCUUCUCAAUAGACAGUAAUUAUUACUGUCCACUUAGCAGUUCACAGGAGAAUCCAUCAAAAGAGCCUACUAAGGAAAAAACAUCUCUAAGAGAUUGUUAAUUUAAAGGGCAUGUAGAAUUAUGGAUUCCUAGAAUGUCUAAGCUGGGGGGUGGGGGGGCUGGAAACCAUUUAAACAAGUUGUUCUUAACCAUCUUGGAUUUUAAACCUAUUUAAGAGGUAUAGAAAACUAUGGAUUUUCUUCUCAUGACCACAUCUAAAACAACUAUGCAUAUAUACACAUAGAAUUUGAAUAUAAUUCAAAUUUAGAGCCUGCUGGACAACUGCUUGUUUUUGUAUUAAUAAAUAAA